CUUCACUUCCGCCUCGGUAGCGAUGGCGGCGGCGCGCCGCUCGCCCCUCCCCGCCGUCAUGUGGGCGGUGCGAGCGCAGCAGACCCGGAAGUAGCGGCAGGGGUGGAGGAGCGCGGAGGUCCUGCGUCCCGCCGUCCCGGCUGGCCUAAACUGAGUUUCUUCUAAACAUCAUGGGAGAGAUUAAAGUCUCUCCUGACUACAACUGGUUCAGAAGCACAGUUCCUCUUAAAAAGAUAAUAGUAGAUGAUGAUGACAGUAAAGUCUGGUCGCUGUAUGACGCGGGACCUCGGAGCAUUAGGUGCCCACUCAUAUUUCUUCCUCCUGUAAGUGGAACUGCGGAUGUAUUUUUUCAGCAAGUUUUGGCGCUGACUGGAUGGGGCUACAGAGUUAUCGCUUUGCAGUAUCCAGUGUACUGGGAUCAUCUUGAGUUCUGUGAUGGAUUCAGAAAACUGUUAGACCACCUUCAGCUGGAUAAAGUUCACCUUUUUGGAGCUUCUCUGGGAGGCUUCCUGGCUCAAAAAUUUGCUGAAUACACACACAAGUCUCCCAGAGUUCAGUCUCUGAUACUGUGCAAUUCCUUUAGUGACACUUCUAUCUUCAAUCAGACAUGGACAGCAAACAGCUUUUGGCUGUUGCCUGCUUUUAUGCUGAAAAAAAUUGUCCUUGGGAAUUUUGCAUCUGGUCCUCUCGAUCCUGAAAUGGCUGAUGGGAUUGAUUUCAUGGUGGACAGGCUGGAGAGCCUGGGUCAGAGUGAGCUCGCUUCAAGACUUACCCUCAACUGCCAGAACUCCUACGUAGAACCUCAUAAAAUUCGAGACAUCCCUGUAACCAUUAUGGAUGUGUUUGACCAAAGCGCGCUUUCAACUGAAGCAAAAGAAGAAAUGUAUAAGCUUUAUCCUAACGCCAGAAGAGCUCAUCUCAAAACAGGAGGCAACUUCCCGUAUCUCUGCAGGAGUGCUGAGGUCAACCUAUAUAUUCAAAUCCAUUUACUGCAGUUCCAUGGUACCCGGUAUGCAGCCAUCGAUCCCUCCAUGGUAAGUGCAGAAGAACUGGAAGUCCAAAAGAUCACCCUUCACACCAGUGAUGAGCCAGAAGAGCCAUAGGCUUUGGAAUGCAGGUGAAAAUGAGGAACUGUUUUGGUGGUCUUCCUGUGUACAAUCGACUGCUCCCACUCUGCCUUCUUCCUUGCUGUAAGCCGAUGAUCACUGUGCGAUUCCAGGAGGAUUCAGAGUUGGGGAACUACCUGUGGAUGGUAACCUCCAGCAGGGUAAUGGGAUAGAUUGGUUUAAUUUUUAGUCUUCGAAAUCCAGGAAUCAUCUUUGAAGACUACAGUUUUAAGAACAAAGACAUUUUUGCUACCAAAGUCUUCAUUCACGUUCUUGUGCAGAACGGUAUUUCUUUUUAUACUUUCCCCUCACCUGUACAUAUUGCCACAUGCAGAUUGUGUACUUAUAAGUUGACAUAUAUUUUUGUUGAAUAUUUGGUUUAAAAGAUGUUUAAGUGCCAAUAUUGCCCCUCACUUAUUUGCUUCCUGUGUUGUGCUGUAAGCUAGUUUCUAUUUGAAAUAAAGCGUUUGAAUUUUUA